GGUAAUCAUCUCUUAAAAAUCUAAAAAAUACAGUUAGUUUAUCUCCAGCUUCAAGGAGUAAAUGAGCAUAUGACGAAUUCUUAAUUUGCAGAUAAUAUAAGACGAUAUUAUAUGAUCAUCAGUAAUAUAUAACCUUUUGGUACGAUCUAAUCAUACCGAACGUAAAAUUACUCAAAGUUAUAGUCCAAACAAUAACGAAAUUAUCCUAAUAAAAAAGAAUUACAAUGAUUCUUUUAUUUAUUUCGGUUUUUCGAAUAUUAAAAGUUUCAAAAUUUUUUUUGAUAACAGAAAAAAAAUUAUCAAGAAACAAAAAACCGAGAAUCUUGUAAACAAUGGUAACAAUAAAAAGAUUGAUUGUAUUGUUGUUGAUCAUUCAACCAUUCUAUUCAAAAUAUAAAAGAAAAUCGAAUCCGCUCCUUAUUUUUUUUUUUAUUUACAGUAUGAAUAAUUCUGCCACACAAAAAAAUAUUAAUAAAGAAGAUUGGUUAUUAUGGCAAUUUGCUGAUUCGGCAUUGCCCACUGGUGGAUUUGUAGCAUCAUCAGGUUUAGAAGUAGCCGUACAAUCAGGAUACGUUAAGGACAAUAAUUCCUUAUUAAUAUUCUUAUCUUCAAGUAUUGAAAAUUAUGCUUACUCCGCAUUGCCUUUUGUGACCGAUUCUUGGCAAGUUAUUUCCCAAACUUCUAAUAAUGAUGAUGAUAAUGAUGAUAAUGACGCUCUAAUAUUUGAAAAUAUUAUUAAAUUGGAUUAUUUGUAUGAAACUUGUACAAGUAAUGUUAUUACUAAACGUGCUUCAAAAGCUCAAGGCGUUGCUAUGUUAACAUUAUUUAGUAAAUCAUUUGGUGAAGAAUUUAGUGAGGAUAAUGAAGGGAAAAGAAAUAUAAGUGAUAGGAUUAUUGAUAAAUUUAAAUUUGAAGUUAGAAAAGAAAGUACUUUUGGUCAUUUACCUGUUGCUUUUGGAUUGGUUUCUAAAUGUCUUGGUAUAAGUUUAGAACGUGCACAACACUUAUUUCUUUUUUUAUUCUCAAGAGCUGCAUUAUCAGCUGCUGUCCGUUUAAAUAUUGUUGGACCUUAUUAUGCUCAAAGAAUUUUAACUGAAUGUCAUUCUUAUGUCGAAUCUUCACUUGAAAAAACUUGUAAUAUUAAAGCUAAUGAUGCUGUACAAACUUCUCCUAUUCUUGACAUUUUACAAGGUAGACACGAUAAAUUAUAUUCUAGAUUAUUUAAUAGCUGAAAUCACAAUCAUUGGCUUGGCCGAAAUUAGUAGACUGAUAGUAGGAUUGUAACCGUAUGAUUAAGAUUAGAUUAGAUUUCAAAUUUUUAAUUUAAUUUAAAUUUAAAAUUCCCAAUUAUAAUUUAUUUUUAUUUAUUAUAAUACUUGAUUUGUCAAUAUUGUUUGUUCAAUGUUGUUUUAAUAAAAAAAAAAUGGCCAUUGUCAUAAUUUUCUUUUUUUAUAAAUUAUGGCUUUAAUUUUACGUAAUUUCACGAAUC